AUGAGUUUAGAGGUAAAACUCGUUUCAACUAUUGAAAAUGAUUUAACAAAAACGACUUCAGCCUAAAUUCCAACUUUCCUGCGAUAAUCACAACAACGCGCCGAUAAUCGUGCGCUGGAAUCCUAAAGGUUUUGGAUUUGCAGUUGCAUGGUAAACCAGAAAACAGCGGAUUAGAAGCAUUAAGUUGCCGAUUUUCAGCUCAAACAACAAGCUCAUUCACUAUGACAACACCGGGAGAGUCAUCGAGGAAAAGGAAGUCGACGAGUGAGUUUUCUGCUGAGAUUUAAAAAAAAGUUAAAUGGCAAGAAAUAUUUAAGAGGAAUUCGUGAUAUAUGCUGGGACAGAGACGGAAGGACCUUGGCAAUUGCCUCAGCCACCAAGAGCUGGAUCUAUCUGUGGAACGUGGCCAAAAGAACAACCGACAUGAUGGAAAGCCAUUUGUGUGGAAAUGAGUGAGUGCGCUUAAACUUUUUUGAGCUACAAUUUGGGAAAAUAAAAUUUUUAGUGAACUCCCGACAUGUUUAUCCUGGUCAGUAUGGUCCCUAGAUAGUCCCACUCUUGUUAUUGGAAACGACCAAGGAUAUCUAACUAUUUUUGAUCAGAAAACGGGAAAACGGAGAAUUUUGGAGGACAAGCACCAGUCCGUAGUUAUCGAGUUGACGAUUCUCCCUGGCGAUCUGAUAUUUUCGUGCAGUGACGGAACGCUGUCAAUUAACAGAAUGUUCGGGCUAAAUGUAAGCUCGUGCAAAGUAAAGGGCAAGCCGUCUAUGCUCGAUCAUUACGUGGUGUCUGGGGAGAAUGGACGCCCCCAAAUCAUGGUCAGUGCAGUGAUAGAGAAGAAGUUUCUAUUUCUGGCGCCAUCCGACAACAUGACCAGCUCACAGCAUAUCACAUUCCAAGAGAGAUACGGUGAAAUCAAAGCUUAUUCGUGGUACAACAGUUCUCAAAUACUCGUUGGAUUCGAGACGGGAUUCGUCGUAAUGGUGUCAGCAAAGGAUCCAUUUGGAGCAGAAAUCAACUGCUUUCGAGAAUUUGAAACGAAUCUCAGUGGCCUUGUCGUCGAUAAAACGCUCAAACACUACAUAGCAAUUGGAGAUAAAAGCGUGAAAGUCCGAAAACUGGAUGUUGAGAGAAAAGUGGAAGAGAAAUCACUAGGAUCUAAGAAAAGUAAGUAACGGAGCGAGUUUAAAUUCUUACAACCAAAAGGUAUUAUAGAUCUCGACGGGCUACAACUGGCAAAAGAUGGAAAAUCGAUUGCCAUUUCGAACUGCGUCGGAGCUCUCUCCGUUUUCCGAGUCGCUUGA